GAGGUAAGAGAGAGAGAAAGGGACAAGGGUAACAGAGAGAGAAAGAUUUGUUUUUUUUUUCCUCUUACAAUGGUGUCGGACCAGGAUCUAGCGAAAGGAGUCGAGACUCUGCUCCGACAAUCUGACCCUAGCUCCCUCACUUCGUUAACCAGCGUUGUUCAGCAGCUUGAAGCUAAGCUAGGGUUAGACCUAACGGAGAAGACGAGUUUCAUCAGAGACCAAAUCAAUCUCCUCCUCCGUCCUCACCAACCAAUCUCCUCCUCCUCCUCCUCCUCCUCUGCUUCCGCAUCAACCGCACAACCUCCUCCACCGCCGUCGCAGCAGAUGCAUUUCGGCGUCAAUGUUCCGGGGAAAGGGCAUUUCGCACUUCAGCAUCCGUCUCAAUUCUCUGCUUCGCAUUCUCAACAAUACCCUCAUUUCGCUCUCCAGCCUCCUCCUUACCACUCUUAUGACCUCAAUUUCCGCCAGCCUUAUCCGCCUUACAUGCCGCCGCACCAGCACCAGCACCAGCAUAACCAGCUACAGUCUCCGCGACAAGGACCCUCUGUGUUGGUUUCGCAAGCCCCAAAAGAAAGUGUUCCUCCAGCUGGAACUAAAAGAAAGGGUGGUCCUGGAGGGUUAAACAAAGUCUGUAGGGUCUCUCCAGAGCUUGAAGUUGUUGUUGGUGAACCUGCUCUUCCCAGAACUGAGAUUGUGAGGCAAUUGUGGGCUUACAUAAGGAAGAACAACCUCCAAGACCCGAGUAACAAGCGGAAGAUCAUAUGUGAUGAUGCCUUGCGUGUUGUUUUCGAGACUGAUUGCACUGACAUGUUUAAGAUGAAUAAGUUGCUUGCUAAGCAUAUCCUCCCGCUCGAUCCAUCCAAGGUCUCUGGUCAAGCGAAACGGGCAAAAGCUGAGGUGGAGACUAAGACUGAGACAGAGACCACAGAGCCUGUUAGUUCAAGUUCAACUGUUGCAUUAUCUGAGCCACUUGCAAGGUUCUUUGGCACUGGUGAGACGGAGAUGAAGGACGAAGUGAUUAUUCGCCGUGUUUGGGAGUACAUAAAGCUCAAUAACUUGGAGGACCCGGAAAAUCCUAUGGCUAUUCAGUGCAAUGAGAAGCUCCGUGAUCUUCUUGGGUAUGAAAGCAUCUCAGCUGUGGGGAUAAAUGAGAUGCUAAGGCGCCAUAUGUACAAGCCUUCCUGAUAUAUCUUCUGGUUCUGACUUGAUUAACUAGGAACUACUAGUGUGUGUAUCUAGGGAACCUACUUAUGACUCCUGGUGGGUGUAGAAGAACUCUGAUAAGGAAGAAAAAGACCAUUUUCACUUUUAACUUCCUGUAAUGCUCUGCUAUUUUCAUCUUCCUUUGGGUUCUUUGUUUCUUUAGUUGGUUGUGUAUCGACAUGGUUAGGGUACUUUAGUAUUUUACAGUAUUCAGGGUAUCUGUGUGAUUUUCUCUGGUACUGAAAACUCUAGUGUUACUGGUCAAAUGGCGCGGAUGUUUUGUAUUUAACGCCAUUUUUCCAUAGGAAAAGCAACAGUAAAGUGAUAAUGUGUUUAACUAUGUUCUACAAUGAUUUGCAUA